AAGUUGUUUUCUACAAAUUUCAAAAUAAUAUUACAUACAUUUAAAACAAUAAUUCUCUGGUGCACCCCUGUAAUACAAUGCUGCCAACAACAUUCUUUUUAUUUUCUAUUCUCAUAAUAAUAUUUUUUCUUAUUGGAAUGUCAAAGUAGACAGAGAGUUAUUUGGAUCUUAAACUCUUGCAUUCAAAUUCGAUUCGAACGUGUAGUUGUAAAGAGCAUUAUUUAGUUGCAGCGGCGUGACGGUUUUUAUAAUUUAGUGUAUUAUAUUGUGAAAAAAUAUUUUUUUAAAAAAUUGUAUAAGUACAUUUUUACAAGAAGAAAUAAUUGUACGCAUACUCUGCGUUCAUUACGCCUAAAAAAUAUUGGUACGCGAGUGCUGUAAAUUGUGCUGGUGUGUCGAGCUAGCGCUCCGCUGGGCAGCAGAAGUAAAUUUCACUGCCAACAGCUAAAAGAAAUUAUUCAAAAGUGGUUAUCCAGUGGACGCCUAACAAGUGCAACAUAUUUUUCAUGCAUUCACAAAUGUACUAAAUGAGUUCUAGCUGAAAUCUGUAUAUUAAAUUAAAUUAUACAAUAAUGAAUGCUUUUGAUUUGACGGCAGCGCUGCUUUGUUGUGGAAUUUUUUUCAUAAGCUGCAACAUACGGAGUGUGACUGCAGAUUCCUAUAGCGAUUACUUCUCUGAUUACGAUUGUAAUCAACCACUUAUGGAGCAUGCUGUCCUUACGGCCACUUCAUCUUUGAACGAUAGAGGACCGGAGAAGGCGCGUCUUAAUGCCGGUACUUCGUGGUCCGCGAAAAAUUCCGAUUUCGAUCAACGGCUUAUCAUCGAUUUGGGUUAUGUGAGAAAUGUGACACACAUCGCAUUGCAAGGACGACCGCACAGCGAUGAGUAUGUUACCGAAUAUUCAAUUAGUUAUGGUAUAUCUGAUUUGGAGUUUGCCGACUAUAAAGAACCAGGUGGCAACGUUAAGGCGACUCCGCUUGGACACCGAUCGAGAAUACUUACAAUCACUUUCUAACACUCGAUCUGGGUGAAGCACGCAAAACACGCAAAAUCGCCACAAUGGGCCGAAAGCAUACACAAGAAUUUGUUACCGAGUAUAUUGUGCAGUAUUCGGAUGAUGGCGAAUACUGGCGGUCGUAUGUGAAUCCAUCGAAUGAGCCGCAGAUGUUCAAGGGUAACUCCGAUGGCAACUCUAUACACUACAAUGUUUUCGAGGUGCCCAUAAUUGCCCAGUGGGUGCGUAUCAAUCCAACACGCUGGCACGAUCGUAUUUCAAUGCGUGUCGAACUCUAUGGCUGCGAUUAUGUUGCCGAGAACCUGUACUUCAAUGGCACUGGUCUAGUUACUUAUGAUCUGCAGUAUGAGCCAGUGGCGUCCACACGUGAAUCAAUACGUUUCCGUUUCAAAACCGCCUUCGCUAAUGGACUGCUUAUGUACUCACGCGGCACACAGGGCGAUUAUUUUGCUCUGCAGCUUAAGGAUAACAAAAUGAUAUUGAAUUUGGAUUUGGGCAGCAGUUUGAUGACUUCACUCUCCGUGGGCAGCCUGCUAGACGACAAUGUGUGGCACGAUGUGGUGAUCUCGCGCAAUCGCCGUGAUAUUAUAUUCUCAGUGGAUCGUGUUAUAGUACGUGGACGCAUUAAAGGCGAAUUCACGCGCUUGAAUUUGAAUCGCGCGCUCUACCUCGGCGGUGUACCCAAUAUUCAGGAAGGCAUUAUUGUUACACAAAAUUUCACUGGCUGCAUGGAAAACAUAUUCAUUAAUUCGACGAAUUUCGUGCGCGCGAUGAAGGACAGUUUCGAGUAUGGAGAUGCAUACCGUUAUACAAAAUACCACACCGUUUAUGCGUGCCCCUCGCCACCCAUUUACCCGGUUACGUUCACCACACGUGGCUCAUAUGUGCGCAUCAAGGGCUAUGAAGCGCAAAGCACAAUGAAUGUUUCCUUCUAUUUCCGCACUUACGAGGAUAGAGGCAUUAUGCUGCAUCAUGAUUUCGCUUCAGGCGGUUAUGUGCGUGUAUUUUUGGAAUUUGGCAAGGUGAAAAUCGACAUGAAACUGGGCGAUAAACCACGCAUCAUACUAGACAACUACGAUGAACAAUUCAACGAUGGCAAAUGGCAUUCGUUUGUGCUGACAAUUGGGCGUAAUCGUUUGGUACUCGAUAUAGAUCAACGUCCGAUGACCACAACGAAGAAAAUACAAAUAUCGACAGGCAAAGUUUACUACAUCGCUGGCGGUGUGGAUAAGAAUGGCUUUGUGGGUUGCAUGCGUCUGAUAUUGGUCGAUGGCAAUUAUAAGUUACCCAAAGAUUGGGUGCAGGGCGAAGAGGUGUGUUGCGGUGAUGAGGUGGUGGUGGAUGCCUGCCAAAUGAUUGAUCGUUGCAAUCCUAAUCCAUGUCAGCACAGUGGCGUUUGCCACCAGAAUUCGAUGGAGUUCUUCUGUGACUGUGCCAACACGGGCUAUGCGGGCGCUGUAUGUCACACAUCUAACAAUCCACUCUCGUGUCAGGCCUACAAAAAUGUUGGUCAUGUGAAUCAGCGCGUUAAUUUGAAAAUUGACGUUGACGGCAGUGGCCCGUUGGAACCGUUCCCCGUUACUUGCGAGUUCUAUUCCGAUGGUCGCGUCAUUACCACACUCAGUCACAGUCAAGAACACACAACCACAGUUGAUGGCUUCCAGGAGCCAGGCUCGUUUGAACAGAAUAUCAUGUAUGAUGCCAAUAUGUUGCAAAUUGAGGCGCUACUAAAUCGCUCACACACCUGCUGGCAGCGUUUGAGCUAUUCAUGCCGCUCAUCGCGUCUCUUCAAUUCGCCUUCUGAAGCGGGCAAUUUCCGUCCCUUCUCUUGGUGGGUUUCCCGCCACAAUCAACCUAUGGACUAUUGGGCUGGCGCACUGCCCGGUUCGCGUAAAUGUGAGUGCGGCAUUUUGGGCAAAUGUCACGAUCCAACUAAAUGGUGUAAUUGCGAUUCGAAUAGUCUCGAAUGGACUGAGGAUGGCGGCGACAUACGUGAAAAGGAGCAUUUACCGGUGCGCGCAGUGAAAUUCGGUGACACUGGCACACCGCUCGAUGAGAAACAAGGGCGUUACACAUUGGGUUCGCUGCGUUGCGAAGGUGACGAUCUAUUCACCAAUGUGGUGACAUUCCGCAUUGCCGAUUCCACCAUUAAUUUGCCGCCAUUCGAUAUGGGUCAUUCGGGUGAUAUUUAUUUGGAGUUUAAGACGACACAAGAAAAUGCUGUACUCUUCCAUGCAACUGGUCCGACUGAUUAUAUUAAGCUAAGCAUAAACGGUGGCAACAAACUACAGUUCCAAUAUCAAGCGGGCAGUGGACCACUUGGCGUAAAUGUGGGCACAAGCUAUCAUUUGAACGAUAAUCACUGGCACACAGUGAGCGUGGAGCGCAAUCGCAAGGAAGCUCGUCUCGUCGUUGACGGCUCCAUCAAGGCGGAGGUACGUGAGCCACCAGGUCCAGUACGCGCCUUACAUCUCACAUCAGAUUUGGUGAUUGGCGCUACGACGGAGUAUCGUGACGGCUAUGUGGGUUGCAUACGCGCUUUGUUGCUUAACGGUAAAAUGGUGGAUCUAAAACAGUAUGCCUUACGUGGUCUGUACGGCGUGAGCGCCGACUGUGUAGGCCGUUGCGAGUCCAGCCCCUGUCUAAAUAAUGGCACGUGCAUAGAACGUUAUGAUGGUUACUCCUGCGACUGCCGUUGGAGCGCAUUCAAAGGACCGAUUUGUGCUGAUGAAAUUGGCGUCAACUUGCGCACUAGCUCUAUUAUACGCUAUGAGUUUGAGGGCUCCUUCCGUUCGACGAUUGCUGAAAAUAUACGCGUUGGAUUUACAACAACAAUACCCAAAGGUUUUCUGCUCGGUUUCUCGUCAAAUUUGACUGGUGAAUAUUUAACGAUACAAAUAUCGAAUUCAGGUUUUUUGCGCUGUGUUUUCGAUUUCGGUUUUGAGCGUCAGGAGAUUAUUUUCCCCAAGAAACAUUUCGGUUUGGGUCAAUACCAUGAUGUGCGGUUCUCUCGUAAAAAUGGCGGCUCAACGGUGGUGCUUACAGUGGACAACUACGAGCCAGUCGAAUAUCAUUUCGAUAUAAAAGCAAGUGCUGAUGCGCAAUUCAACAACAUACAAUAUAUGUAUAUAGGCAAAAAUGAAUCGAUGACAGACGGUUUUGUGGGUUGUGUGUCACGUGUGCAAUUCGAUGAUAUCUAUCCGCUGAAACUAAUGUUCCAACAGAAUCCACCAGCUAAUGUGAAAUCACUGGGCACUCAAUUAACGGAAGACUUUUGUGGCGUGGAACCUGUUACACAUCCGCCCAUUGAAAUUGAAACGCGUCCACCACCCCUUGUCGAUGAGGAUAAAUUGCGUAAGGCCUAUGGCGGAUUCUCUAUCGUACUAGGCUUCAUUUUGGUUAUACUGCUACUGCUGUUGCUGCUCAUGAUCUUCUUAAUAGGCCGUUACGUGCACCGCCAUAAAGGCGAUUAUCUGACGCACGAAGAUGAGGGCGCCAACAACGCCGAUGACCAAGACGAGGCCGUUUUGCACUCGAGAACCGGCCAUCAAGUGACAAAACGGAAAGAGUGGUUCAUAUAGUUUGGUAUGCAGCAUAUAGGCAAUUGGAGCACGUAGUCAACGCGGUAGCUACAACUCUACACAGCCUGCUGCAACCUUGCAAUCACAACUAUACAACGCACGUGUGCUUACGCACCCACACACACACACAUACCCACACAAACUUACACGUAUAAAAAGGAGGAACUGUUGAAUGGGGUUUUCAAAAAUAAAUCGAUGAAUUAGAGUAGCGUAAAACAUAUUGUACACAUAAUAAUUAUGUAAUUAUAUUAAGCAUGACAUGACAAACGGCGACGCAGACGUUUAGCCAUAGAGAAGUAUAACGAAAUGCGUGUGAAAAUUGAAAACGAAGCUAUGUAGUUGUAGCAGUUCAUAAAAAAAUUUGGCUGACAUGAAGGCAGUAUUCAUUAAGUGAAUAGCGAUUCUUUUAACUGAACACGAAAAUCAACAUAUGGCGAUCAAAAAAAACUAUAUAUAUAUAUAUAUAUAUAAAAAAACAAAGCACAGUAAAUUAAGCGGAACUAAAGUGUAAACAUUACUCAUUGGACGUUGCGUGUCACACUGCCAAUUUUGAAAUAAGAAAAUACCAGUUGGAAGUGGUACAAUUCGCAGAAAGGUCUUAGACGUCGCGGUAUUCCUAAAAAGUCAAGUGUUCUUAUCUACACAAAAUAAAACAAAAAACAAAAGGCAUAUACCAUAUACAAAUAUUGCCAGACAUGUAGACCCACUUACUUUUUCUUCCAACUGGAUGUUUGAAUAAUUGUAUUUUUUGUGGUCAUUCUUUUGCUGAAUUUUUUGUAUUGUGCUCGCUUGCUGACUUUAAGUUCGUCGUUUGGUUUUAUGUUUUCAUUGCGUAUUUUAAAAAAACUUUUAUAUGUUAGUUUUUGGAAAACAAACUUUCAAAAUAUAGGCAUCUCUCAAACGUAAUUUUAUACCGUCCAUUUUUUUUUAUUUUAAGUUUUUAUAGUAAUAUAAUUUUUUUAAAUUUAAUUUGCGUGAAAAAAUAUGAUUAAGCAAACAACAACAAGAAAGCAAAAAGUAAAGAAGGUGUACCGAAUCUCUACAAUUUUUAUAUGUAAGCCUUUUGAAAUAUUUUUUUAUAUAAAUGUUUUUGGUUUUUAUCGAAAGGCUUUUGUGCUUUAAGUAAGAAAUUUAAUUUCAGAAAUGUCUUUUAAGUAAUAAAGUAAUAAUUAACUUGUGCUUUUCCACUAUUUUCGAUUGACAUUUGCUGUGUGUGUUGUAAAAUUGAUACCGUCAUUUGUAACGGCAACUUAUGAAACCCAUUAAGUAAAGUGCAUUUGAUUUGAAUUGUUGUAAUACGCGUACAUUCCAUUAAAUCAUAAACAACUUUCACAUCGACAUACGUUAUAAGUAUUCAUACAUACUUUAAAAAAUACUGAUACUUUAUACGAAGAAGAAAAAACGAACUCUUUCAUUUAUUUUAAAUAUAUUUUUCAAACUUUUUCUAUUCAUUGUUAUAUAAGAGAAUAUUUGUAUUCGGGUUCUGUCUAGGAAAAAGAAAUCAAUUGUGAAUCAAAUAAUUUAAAUGGCUACACUAAUAUAAUUACUUGUACAAAUUUUUUAAAAUUAUAAAACAACUCAAACGGUUCACAUAGAAAAUUGUGCGCAUAAUUAUUUGGAAUAUAUAUAUAUAUAUAUUACUACACUUAAAUCUAUUUUUUAAAAAGUUGUAUUCUGAAAUUGCUAGAGUUUUUAACAAAUUGUGUAAAUUGUCUAUGUAGUUCAUUUUUGAAACGAAAAAUUAUCGACCAUAUAAAAUAUGAAAUUCAGCUAAGUACUCGUAUUAAGGCACAAAAAGUGGAUUGUAAACAAAUUGCAACAGAUAAAGUAACAACAACGUAUUAGAAGUUCAUAAAUCAUACUGUUAUGAAAUAGGUAUUAAUUUUUAAUAAAUUUUCAUUAAUACACACACAAUAAA